AUGAGGGAGAGAACGGUCAAAACAGGGGGGUGGAAUACACCCCCCACAAGGGACGUACCAAAUCAGGAUCCGGAGCUGGUAGCGACCACAACUGACAACGGAACAGGAUCGUUCAAAGACAUAGCAAGCGCAGACGCAAUGCAAGACACAGGAACUGAGGCAAUAUUAACAAGAACGCAGGACCCAUUCAAACCGGAGAGAGUCGCAGCAAUUUUAAAGCUGGUAGAAGUCGGGACAGACAUAACAACUGAGGAGACCGCGGCAGUGCGUGAAUUCAUAGCGAGCUACGCUGACAUCUUUGCGCUGUCAGUAUCAGAAGUGACACCAGUCGAAAACGCAACAUAUGUGCCGAAAAUACCGCCAGACCACAAAUUCAGCACAAAGGUACACCAGAAACCGAUGACACCACCGCAGGAGGCGUACCUACAAAAGCAAACACGCAUGCUAGUAGACGCAGGAGUGCUACGACCGAUUCACCCAAGGGACGUCAAGUGCGUAUCGCCAAUCAAGUUAGCCCAGAAAGAGCACGAAAACGAAGGUCUAUCACACGAGGAGCUAAAACAAGAGCUUAACGAGGCAUGCAAACGAGCAGGAAUGCCAAGGCCAUACGAGAUGGAGCACAAGGUAAGAACGAAAGGCGCUAAAGGGGGAAGCAGUUGGCAGGAACAGAAAUGGCGCAUCUGCCAGAACUUCCACGAGUUAAAGAAACUACUCAAAGUAGGACCAGUACCGCAAGGCAACAUACGAGACAAGCAAAGGCGCCUAGCCGGCCACAGAUACGUAUCAAUAUUCGACUUUGCAUCGGGGUUCUUUGCGCUACGGGUGGAUGAGGCAGCGCAACCAUACUUGGUGAUGUUCGUACCAGGAAUGGGGUACUUCGCGUACACGCGAAUGCCGUUCGGGCUGACAGACGCACCAACCAAAUUUGGAGCGAUGUGCGCAGACAGACUCAGCGACCUACUGAUACGAGUGAUGGAACUCUUCGUGGAUGAUGGAGGAACAGCCGCGGACAGUUUCAAGGACAUGAUGGACAAACUACGGUGCGUGUUUGACAGAAUACGGAAAGAAGGACUGUCGCUGUCAGCAGCAAAAACGAAGCUCUUCAUGACAAAGGUGGUAUUUGCGGGAGCGCUAGUCGGACCAGAAGGUGUCACACCGGAUCCAGCCAAGCUCACGGCAGUAGUGGGAUGGAAAACGCCCAAGAACGCAACGAACUUGGCGGCGUUCCUCGGGCUCACGGGGUACUUUCGGGACAUAAUCAAGAACUACGCCAAGGAAGAAGCACCGCUUAGAAACCUGCUGAAGAUGGUACCCAUGCCACAAAGCCCAAGCAGACAGGUAUACAGAACGGUGAUGAAGAACUUUGAUAUACGACCAAGCUGGACGAAGGAACACACGAGGUGCUUCCUACGACUGAAGCAGAUACUCAUAUCGGCGCCAGUACUACGAGCCCCAUUAUACGACAUAGUACAGGAACAUCCAUUCAUCGUAACAACGGAUGGAAGCAAGGACGCAUUCGCGGGGGUAUUAUCACAGGAAAUGACUACCAUGACAAGCGAAGGGAAGGUAGUGAUACGGAGACACCCGAUUGCAUUUGCCUCAAAGAGGACGUCAGCAGCAGAAGAACGGUAUCAACCACAUCUACUGGAAUUUGCCGCGCUGAAAUUUGCACUAGAUAAAUUUUCGAACAUAGUCUGGGGACAACCAAUAUGGCUCGAAACGGACUGUCAAGCACUACGAGACAUAAUCAACAACGAGAAACUAAAUGCAACGCACACAAGAUGGCUGAAUGGCUUACUGGGAUACAACAUAGUGGGGGCAGAGCACAUCAAGGGAUCCACCAACACAGUUGCAGACGCACUAAGCAGGGCAGCAGAGGGUACCCCUAAGACCAGCGGAGAUGGGAGCGAGUACACGGUAUCACCGGACUGGGAAGCGAGAACGGGGCUAGUGAACGACCUAUUCGCGAUCGAAAACGAUGGAGAGGAGCUGGUAUGCAUGGUGGUGCCCAUUCCAACAGGGACAACAGCCCUACGAAGACGAUUCAGAAACGAGCCCAUAUACUUGCAAGUCAUCGAGGCAAUCACCGAACUGGACCUGGGAGAAACAAUAGCGGACAGGAAGCGCGCAAAGCACAGAGCGUCCCAGUACUUCAUAGACGAAGGCAAGCUCUGGAGGCUAGGAGGAGGACCGCCGUUGCGAGGAAGACCGAGAAGGGAAUGCUUGAGGAGGGAAGAAGCAAAGGGAGUGGCAGCCAAGAUACACGCCGAUGGCGGACACUUUCACCGAGACUCGGUAAAGAUCGCAAUGAUGGAUCGAUACCACACGCCAGGACUAGACGACUGCAUCAUGGAAGCGAUCAGAGACUGCGCGAGGUGCAAAGGAUUUGGACCGGCAAACUUGCAUGCCCUCAUGGACCCAAUCACAAGGCGACAACCGUUCGAACUGAUAGUGGGAGACUACCUCUCCAUGCCAGACGGGAAAGGGGGCUUCAAAACGAUUGGGUUGUUUCUAGACACCUUCUUGCAAUUCAUUUGGGGAUUCAAAUACAAAGAAUCAGGAUCGGCUAAAACCACCACAGGUGCACUCGAUCACAUAUUUGGCAAGUUCCACGGGGCAGACGUAUUCAUGUCAGACAACGGGAAGCACUUCGACAACAAAGAAGUCGAACAGCUUUGCACACAAAGAAAUGUGAGAUUCCACAGGGUAGCGGCAUACUCGCCGUGGAUAAACGGCUUGGUGGAAGGGGCCAACAAAUUGCUCUUACACGUACUGGCCAGAAUGUGCGCACCGGAGGUAGGGGAAGACGACUGGAAGGCAACAAAGAAAGAUGCACUACCAAGGAAAUGGCCGGACGUAUUCGACAAAGCCAUCGAAACCUUGAACGACCGAAUACUACCAGCGGUCAAGUUUUCACCGAGAGAAUUGCUGUUCGGAUUGAUAACAAGAAACACAGGAAACGCCGGGAGCGAGAGACCAAUAACGGACAAAGCAACGGAGGAAGCGAUACAUCAGCACAUGGCAUACAUCGAACAAGCGAGGCUAGAUGGAUACGCAGAACGCGUAAAAUAUGCGCUAAGCCGGAAGGCAGCAUUCGAUCGCAAAGUGCUCACAUCCCGGGCGGGGAACAUCAUAUUCAGGAAAGGGGACCUAGUACAGGUAUACCGCAGCGACCUGGCCGACACGGUCAGCAAUGAGCGCAAGCUCACGUGUAGAUGGUCGGAACCGCAUAGGAUCAGCAGCCGCAUGCUGAAUUCAUACACCCUGGAGACAAUCAACGGCUUGCGCAUAGACGGUGUAUUCAACGCAAGACGACUACGAAGAUACAUUCCGAGAGAGGGGACCAAGCUAGCAAUAGCACAAACGGAGUUCUCGAAAACAGAACGAGAAAAAGAGAAACAACAAGGAGCCAUCGAAGCGGCAGAGGUGGAAGCGAUGAGAGCAGCAGAGACAACAGAGGUGGAAAGGUGGAGGAUACGACAGGCAGAAGAAGAGCUGAGGAAAGCGGCAGGCGACGAGGGCGACACCAUUUAA